AUCGUUGAGCCAGAAAAACAUGAUAGUGUAUUUAAACUAGGGUGGUAUGAUCUAAAUGAGCAAUGGAAUGAUCCUUCACUUUUUAUAGAGUGGACUAUAUUAAAGAAUGUAAGGUCCAAAGUCAACCAAUUACUGGAAGUGGCAAGGAGCGAAAAAUUAAUCAAGAGUUCAUUGGAAGCAAGUGUCGAUUUGUACGUGAAUGCGGCAUUGUAUGACUUACUUCAAAAACACGAUUUGAAAUCUAUCUUCAUCACAUCCAGCACUACGCUAAAUAAAAAUGGUUCACAAUCAAUUGACGACUCAUCAGGAAGAAAAGUUCAAUUUUCGGACAACAUAAACAUUACCGAAAAUAAUUUUAACGGAUCUGUCAAGAUUGUUGUGAGGGAGGCAGAUUUGCACAAAUGUCCUAGAUGUUGGAAUUACUCUUCGAUCGAGAAGAAUAAUCUUUGCCCGCGAUGUGAUGAUGUCUUAAAGUCAAAUAAGCGUGUGUACUUCUUGUAA